GAGUUGAGCUGUAGCACAAAAAGUAACGUGAGACAGCUGAGACUUCAAUCAAAUUAGCUGAAUGUCGCUGUUAGGUAAAAUACGCGAAAAGGUAACUUAAAGUAGUUAACAAUAGCGGACUAGCGGAAAGAAACGGAAAGUAUGAUAAACAAAUUUAGGCUAAAACUAAUGAAUGGUUGGAUUCCUGAAACUUGCUAGCCACCCUCAGCCCGUCCGCCGUAAAAAAAAAAAAAAAAAAAGUCAAGUGGCUACCCGAAGCAAAGCAACAUCACUUGGCUAACUGCUAACCGUGUCCGUCGCUAGUGGUUGACCUAGCACACCGCUUACUAGCCAUAACCUGACAGUUGUUUAUUGACACUACUGUCAUUUAUUCCGUGUCAAAUUGACAGCGGAAGUCGUGUCGUUAGUUUGAAAGACAACUGCCUUUUGAGCGCAAGAUGUUAGCUAGCUAAGGCGGCGUUAGCUUUAGCAAAACAAGAGCUCUGCUUUGGGAGUCAGCUGACAGACCAGUGAUGGAUCAACUCAAAGUGAAGGACCGCAUAUUGGAAAACAUCUCCCUGUCCGUCAAGAAGUUGCAGAGUUACUUUGCGGCCUGUGAGGAUGAGACUCCAGCCAUCCGGAAUCAUGACCGCGUCCUGCAGCGUCUCUGUGAACACCUUGACCAUGCUCUGCUGUAUGGGCUGCAGGACAUCUCUUCAGGCUACUGGGUCCUGGUGCUUCACUUCACCAGGAGAGAGGCUGUCCGUCAGAUAGAUGAGCUUCAACACAUAGCAACCAACCUUGGUCGAAGUCGGGCAUGGCUGUACCUGGCAUUGAGCGAGAGCUCUUUAGAGAGCUACCUGCGGCUCUUCCAGGAGAACCAAGGAUUACUACAAAAGUAUUACUUCAAGAAUGCGCUGGUCUGCAGCCACGACCACCUCACACUCUUCCUCACACUGGUGUCAGGCCUGGAGUUCAUUCGCUUUAAUCUGGAGCUGGAUGUACCCUACCUGGACGUGGCCCCAUACAUGCCAGAAUACUACAAACCCCAGAACCUGCUGGACUUUGAGGAAAGGCUGCCAAGCUCUGACAGCAUGUCCCUGCAUUCCUUCACCUCCCUCACCUCUACCAACCUGGAGUGGGAUGACAGUGCCAUAGCCCCCUCAAGUGAAGAUUAUGAUUUCGGUGACAUCUUCCCCGUGUUGCAGUCAAUGCCAAGUGCAGACUGGGAAGAGGGUGACCUGACCGACCAGGCCAGCUGCCCGCGAUCCAGUGGCUCUGACCCCCAGACGGUCAUCAGCGACACAGUGGUCCUUUCUGCCGGCACCAUCAAGGUGAAGGUAGCUCAUGUUUCUCCACACAGUCCCACAUCUAGAUACAACCCCUUCAACGAGGACUCGGACACUAACACCACCAACACCUCAGCCGAUGUCACGCCAGUUCAUGUAGCCAGCUGUUACAAUACCGUCAUCAUUGGAGAUGACACAGAGAGCACUAACAACGAGCUGGAAGUCAUAAGGAUGGCCAGACGAAGGAAACCAGCCAAGAAGCGACGUGGAAAGGGCUCUACAGAUUCCAGCAGCAGCAUCCACAACUCAGUCUCCUCUGAGCAUAUGGAAAUGGACAAUAGCCUCCAGGGCUCAGAUGAUGUAGAUUCUUUAAACUGCACAGUAAUUCAUCUUGACACUGAAGGAGAAUUGAGAAGAAGCAGGGCAGGAACUGAGGUUGUGGAGGAAGGAGAUGAAGACGGAGUAGAAGGCCUGCUACGGCUCCCUGAGAUGACCGACACCUCGAUGGAUAAUGUGGGGCAACCCCUCCGUGAUGUCAUGGACCGGCUCAACGGUGUUCUGGAUAAGGAGGAACCCUGGGAUCACCCAGAGGAGGAGGAGGAAAAUAGCAAAGGCUGUGAUCAGGGCCCGGAGCCUCCUGCACAGCAGCCCUUUCGAGAGGAUUCAGGCGGGAAGCCACCUGACCCAGCCUCACGAGAGACAUCUUGCACCCCUCUUGCCACAAGCCCCGACAUCCUGCAGGCCUCUUCCGCACCAACAGACUUAUGCUGCUUUACCCCCAACAGUCCAGACUCUGCUCCCACGGGUGGUGGCCACCAUGACUCUACAGAGCAUAGCAAGUCGCAGACUCUUUCAGGUGGCCAUGAUGAUGAAGGAAAGGCAAAAGCGCCAGCAGGACAGGAGUCCAACAUGAAGAACGGAGGAGAUGAUGUACAAGAGGGAGAGGAAACAGACACAAAUGCACUUACUGCUGAGGAGGCCGAAGAGCAACUACAAGAAGAGAAGCUUAGUCCCUCAGAAAGUUCUCAUCCUGCAGAGUUUAAGGUGGAUAACAAUCACUUGCUUCUUCUGAUGAUCCAUGUAUUCAGAGAGAAUGAGGAGCAGCUCUUCAAGAUGGCAAGGAUGAGUACCGGCCAUAUGGAGGGAGACCUGCAGCCCCUUUACCUGCUGCUGACUGACUGUUACAUCUAUCUGCUUAGGAAAGGUGCAGCUGAGAAGCCUUACACAGUAGAAGAUGCUGUUUCUUAUAAUGAGCUGGACUAUCUCUCAGUGGGCCUUGACCAACAGACAGUGACGGUUGUUUGCACCAAUAGACGAAGAAAAUUCCUGUUGGACACGGCUGAUGCCUCGCUGACUGUCUGGUUCCUGUCUAUUCUCAAGUCAGCCAUGGUUAAGGGUUGUCGUGAGCCUCCGUAUCCCUCCGUGCUGACUGAUGCCACCAUGGAAAAACUUGCUCUCACUAAGUUUGUCUCCCAGGAAUCUCACUGUGAGGUUUACGAAGUGUCUAUCCAGCUGUAUUCACUGGUCCACUGGGAGGAUCCUAUGGACAUGAGUUUGUCACCCCAGGGUGUCCCAAGCUCUAGAUUAUCGUCCAGCACCAAGGAGGGGACUGUAUAUUACCGGUCGGGAACCACCUACCUGGGUAAAGAGCUGUGGAAAAGCUGCUACCUCGUCCUCAGCAAUGGGAUUCUGUACUUGUAUGCAGAAAGAACUGAUGUGGCACCCGUACUGUCAGUCACCAUGGGCGGAGAGCAUUGUGGAGGCUGCCGUCGCUCUAACAGCACAGAGCGUCCCCAUGCCUUCCAAGUCAUCCUGACAGAGCGCCCCCCACUGGAGCUCAGCGCCAAUAAUGAACAGGACAUGGCUGACUGGAUGCUGGUGCUCUGCCAGUCUGUCUCCAAAGGGGUCAUCCCUCAGGGUGUGGCGCCCACCCCUUGUAUCCCAUGUUGCCUGGUUGUGACAGACAGGAAGCUGCUAACUUGUCAUCAGGACUGUCAGACCAGCUUCUUCCGUUCACUGGGCAGCGCUGAUAUCUGUGACGUCACCACUGUCUGCGUGGAGGCCAACAAGGAGUACUGUGUCAUUGAAUUUGCAGCGGAUCGCUCUCAGUUCCUCCCUCCAUGGGUCUUGUAUUUCAGUGGAUGUGAAGAGAGAGAUCGAUUGCUGGAGGUGUUGGACAACACAUGGAAAGCCGUUUUCCAGGUUGACCUUCCCCACAAUGAGAUAUCAGAUCCAUCAGUGCAGAAGCGUUGUGGUGAGGCCCUCGCCCUGAUGAAGAGCGCCUGGCAGCGGGCAGACAGUCUGGCCCGAGGCAGAGCCCAGCGUGAGCCCUGGUGCUGACAUCACACACUAACCUGUGGGUAGCCACUGACACAGACUGAUAGUGAGACAGUCUGAUUUAGUUCUGGCAUACAUGGAUUUAACGCUGUUACUGUGUACAGUUGAGACUUCUAACUUGAAAGACUGAGAAACUAAUGGGAUAUGGUUACUGGUUGUUGUACCACAGCAGUAAACCAGUGACACACCUCUAAUUCACUGAUUAAGUGUUUCUAUUAAAGAAACAUCUGCAGGAGUAACAAUGCAUACAGUAAAUCCCAACAGAGUGAUACAUCACUAAGAUGUUCUCACAUGAAACGAAGUGAAUUAAACCUCCAUCACAAAGUUACAACAGAUUUUAUAUCAGCAGAAAUAACUGCAAUGUAGAACAAAUAUGCUGAAUCACUGGUUGACCUUCAGUGA